AUGGCAUCAGAACUCAGCGACGCCAUGCAAGCGCUACACCUUGAAGGCGACACUUCGUUCGAUGCCAUCGACAACAUUCUCGACAAGACUGUCACGCCCGAACCCAAGCCCCAAGAUCCCGACCAGCUUCGCGCCGAGCUUGAGGCGAAAUACCUCUCUCCCUCGACGACCUUCUCAGACCAAUGGCUCGACAAACUACAGCAGCGCUGGGACAUCCCAACCGACUAUUCCCUCCUCUUCCGUGUUGCCCCGACUCAAUCUCGCACCGUCACGCGCUUUAUCCGCCACGGUCUCGAGGGCCGCGUCACAGGUUACCGCAACGUUACCGUUCCGGCCUCCCAUGCCACCGCCAAGUCAAGCACGUCCAUGCUGCGGAAGCCCGCCGGCCGAGCCGACUUUGUGCGCGGCGCUGCCGGGUUCUUUCCCUUCGCUCCGGGCGGUUUGGAAGGCAUCGAGUCGGCCGCCGCCUUGGAGGACCAGCUUCGAGCCUCGUCGGCUGCUACGGAGGAGGGCGAGAGCAGGAAGAAGCUCGAGAAGGUCAUCACGCUUGGCGAGGGCGGCCUGCUUGAGAUUGCACCCGGCCUUGACCGGGGCAUUGACUUUAGCAAGAGGAGGAAGCUUGCCGAUGCCGACAGCGAGAGGCAGGCGAAGGAGGUCGAAGAGGUGUUGGAUCAGGAACCGGAGGCUGCGCCUGGUGCUGAAGAUGAAGCGGACGGGAAACCGCGCGCGGAUGGCGACGAAGAGGGGGAUGACGACGAAGACGAGGAUGUGGAAGAUAUUGACUCCAUUCUGCCCGUCGAAUUUCCCGCUCUAGAACCUCGCGGCACACUCGCGGCGUCCAGCGCUAGAAAGGCUGGUCGUGAGUGGGCCCACAUGGUCGACAUCAACCGCCCGAUGCCCAACUUCCGCGAGCUUGUGCCGGAUAUGGCGAGAGAAUGGCCAUUCGAGCUGGACACGUUUCAAAAGGAGGCAAUAUACCAUCUGGAGAACGGCGAUUCGGUAUUCGUUGCGGCACAUACCUCGGCAGGCAAGACAGUGGUUGCCGAGUACGCCAUCGCCCUCGCGGCAAGACACAUGACUAAGGCCAUCUACACAUCCCCUAUUAAGGCGUUGAGUAACCAGAAGUUUCGCGACUUCAGGCAGACCUUUGACGAAGUCGGCAUCUUGACCGGUGAUGUGCAGAUCAACCCCGAGGCUAGUUGCCUGAUCAUGACGACCGAGAUUCUCAGGAGUAUGCUUUACCGUGGAGCAGAUCUCAUCCGUGACGUCGAAUUCGUCAUCUUCGAUGAGGUUCAUUACGUCAACGACUUUGAGCGUGGCGUGGUGUGGGAAGAGGUCAUCAUCAUGUUGCCUGAGCAUGUCACGUUGAUUCUACUCUCCGCCACCGUGCCGAACACGCACGAGUUCGCAUCCUGGGUUGGCAGGACGAAACAAAAGGACAUCUACGUCAUCUCGACACCGAAGCGGCCGGUUCCGCUAGAGCACUACCUCUGGGGCAACAAGAAUAUUUACAAGAUCGUCGACUCGGAGAAGAACUUUGUCGAAAAGGGCUGGAAGGACGCCAACAUGGCGAUCCAAGGCAAGGAUAAGGUGAAGUCGCUUCCUCCAGCCACAGCACAGCCAACACGUGGCGGGGCCAACGGUAGAGGGGGUCGCAGCGGGCAGCAAAGAGGUGGAAAUCAGCAACGUGGUGGUGGUAGAGGUGCUGGCCAACAGCGAGGUCGGGGCGGUCCUCCUCGCGCAAGCCACGCCCCCGGUCAUAUGGGGCGGGCAGGGAGGCCCGGCGGAUAUACAUCCGCCGCCCAAGACAAGAACCUUUGGGUUCAUUUGGUACAGUUCUUGAAGAAGGGGACCCUACUUCCGGCCUGCAUCUUUGUCUUCUCCAAGAAGCGUUGCGAGGAGAAUGCCGAUGCGCUGAGCAACCAGGAUUUCUGCACCGCCCAAGAAAAGAGCGCUGUGCACAUGCUCAUUGAGAAGUCGAUUGCGCGGUUGAAGCCUGAGGACCGCGUGCUUCCCCAGAUCAUCAGACUGAGAGAGUUGCUCUCGCGCGGCAUUGCCGUCCACCAUGGUGGGUUGUUACCCAUCGUCAAGGAGCUCGUCGAGAUGCUGUUCGCCCAGACGCUGGUCAAGGUUUUGUUUGCUACGGAGACUUUCGCUAUGGGCCUAAAUCUUCCGACUAGAACCGUUGUCUUCUCCGGGUACCGGAAGCACGAUGGACAUUCGUUCCGUAACCUUCUCCCUGGUGAGUACACUCAGAUGGCCGGCAGGGCAGGGAGACGCGGUCUCGAUACCGUCGGUUCCGUCAUCAUUGUCCCUCCAGGAGGUGGUGAGGCGCCUCCGGUCACGGACCUCCGACAGAUGAUACUCGGCGAGCCUAGCAAGCUCCGAUCACAGUUCCGGCUCACGUACAACAUGAUUCUCAACCUCCUGCGCGUCGAGGCACUCAAAAUCGAGGAAAUGAUUAAGCGAAGUUUCUCGGAGCACGCCACUCAGCAACUUUUGCCCGAGCACGAGAAGGCAGUCAAAGUGUCCGAGGCAGACUUGGCCAGGGUCAAGAGAGACUCAUGCCCGGUCUGCGAUGACCACAUGGACGAGUGUCAUCAGGCCGGUGAGGACUUCAAGCAGCUGACGGUAGACCUGUAUCGCAUGUUGCUGGUCAACCCUCUCGGUCGGAAGAUGUUCACACCUGGGAGGCUGAUUGUGUGGAUGAAGGAAGGCGUCCGCACACCGGGUAUUCUGCUGUCCGAAGGAGCGAUCGUCAAGAGCAGCGCGGCAAAUCCCAUGUUUCAAAUCCUCGAGAUCAGGACCAACCGGGAGAUCCGUAAUGACACAGAUCUCCUUCCAUUUGUACCAGCAUUCCGGAAACAUUUCACUCCGCUGCCGCAGGCCAAGAAGCAAAUCUUGACAAAGACGCUGCAACUCUCGAUUACAGACCUCGUCUGUCUCACAAAGCACGUUGUCAAGGGUAUCGUACCGGAUAUCUUUGGCGGCGAGGGCUACAUGAGGGCCAAGGAGAAGCUGCACCAGGUUUGCCGGACCUGGAACACGGAUAUCUGGGACGAAAUGGACCUGAGCCGGAUCCGUAACCUCGCGGUCCACGACAUCGCGAGCAAGCGGCGAGAGGCCGAGGUCAAAGUAACCAAGUCGCCAGCCUCGGGCUGCCAAACGUUCCUGAAACACUACGCCAUGUGCCACGACCAGUGGCUUAUCCAAACCCACAUCAAGCAGCUCCGCGAGACCCUCUCGGAACAAAACCUGCAACUCCUCCCCGACUACGAGCAGCGCAUCCAGGUCCUCAAAGACCUUUCCUUCAUCGACGAUGCCAGCCGCAUCCAGCUGAAGGGCAAGGUCGCGUGCGAGGUGCACUCGGGUGACGAGCUCGUCCUGACGGAGCUCAUCCUGGAGAACGUGCUCGCCGACUACGAGCCCGCCGAGAUCGCCGCCCUGCUGUCGGCCUUUGUCUUCCAGGAGAAGACCGAAUCAGUCCCGCGGCUGACGGCCAACCUCGAGCGCGGCAUGAAGACCAUCGUCGACCUCUCAGAGAAGGUCAACAACGUCCAGACGCUGCACCAGGUCAUCCAGACGAGCGAUGAGAGCAACGACUUUGUGUCCAAGCCCCGCUUCGGCCUGAUGGAGGUCGUCUACGAGUGGGCGCGGGGCAUGAGCUUCAAGAAUAUCACGGAUUUGACCGACGUGCUGGAGGGCACCAUUGUCAGGACCAUCACGCGGCUAGACGAGACGUGCCGCGAGGUGAAGAAUGCUGCGCGCAUCAUUGGCGACCCAGAUCUGUACCAGAAGAUGGCGGCUGCGCAGGAGAUGAUUCGGAGGGAUAUCACGGCUGUGGCGAGUUUGUAUAUGUAG